UUACACCGGACCUCCAUCCACCCUCAUCGAUCAACCAGAAUUAUCAACGCCGCUGAAACUUCAGACACAUGGGCGGCAGCGACACCUCCACGAUCUCGAAGAAGGCCCUACGAGAGCAACAACCGAGCGCCCCGACACCAUCGGCAUCGCCUGCGGCUGCUACUGACGACGCCAGUCACGGACGGCGCAACAACUCGCCCGGCGGGUGUUCACAGAAGAAGCUGUUGACGUCGGCAUCUUCGAUGGCAGGUUCCGACCUCGACCCCAACCCCAUGUCGUCAAGGCCUAAAACUGCCCCGGCAGACGAAACACGCGGCACGUCCUCCUCGCUAUCGCCCGGUGUUUCCCCUGCAUCCUCCAUGUCGCCACCUCCGACAUCCACGUCAUCUCCGAAGACGCUGCAGGCCCCGACGGCUCCUCGCUGCGAGUAUCCGGGGUGCCCGAAGUCUGCAAAGUAUGGCCUGAGGGACGCCCCGCCCAGCAAGUGCCAGGCUCACAAGAGGGCCGGUCAAUACACAACGAACCGCCACGGAGAGCUGCUGAUGGCAACCCGUGACGGCGACGCGUUCCGGACACCGGCGGUGGCGGUGCCAGUGCCAGCAGUGACGGUGCCCCCCUCCCCAGCCAGCAGUGAAAUUGCAGGGACGGAAGCGGCAUCCGCCCAACCGCGGCGGCGCUCUACAGGAAGCACCGGCUCCUCGGUACCCUCUCACCGCAAGCCCAAAGCGAAGCUUUCUUCUUCGGUGCACGCGUUGAAACGCAAGAGCCGACCGGGGACAUCAUCAAGCAGACAUGAAGAAAGCAGGGCACCGCAAUACCACUCCUGCCUCUUUCCAGAGUGUGGCGCUCGCCCUAUCUACGGCCUGCCGGGGGCGGCGCGCGCUGCAUACUGCUUCUCCCACAAGAAGGGCUCGAUGGUCGACCUUUUCAGCGAAGCGCCAGCUGUGAACAACCACGAAGCGAAGAGGGUCACCCCCGCGGCACCUACCGAGGGCAAGAGGAAGAAGCAGAAGAAGGGGCACGAGGAGCGGAAAAUGACCGGCAUGACCGCCGACCAAAGGGGAGCGAAAAAGGCUCGCCGAGAAUCAAGCAUCAAGGAGGACAACAAAGGCGCCACAAGCAAGGAUGACGGCGGCCACCGAGGUGCCAAGAAGAUUCGUGACAACAAAACGAAAGUGAACGGAGGCAUGGGUGCCUCGGAGGCGAGCGUUGGCGCCAUUGUCACCGCUGCCGCCGCAGGUACCUCUGAGAUGAGCACGAAAUCGCCAGCAGCAAAACCAUCGGUGAAACCGACCAGGAAAGUAAAAGAACCCGCCGACACUAUUGUACCGCCUCCUCAACCGACCAGCCGGCCGUCGGAUGGAAUGGCUCCCUCUGUUGAGAUGCUCAUUCUGAGGCAGGCGAGGGAGGCGGCCAAAACGGAGGCGGAGGCCAGCGGUAGCGGUCGAAGGCCGCGCGCUCCCUCACGCCGCGCUCUGGAAGCCUCCGGUCGACUGAGGGGCGACGGGGCUCAGUGGAUGACCCGGGAGAAAAAGGCCGAGCAAGCCAGGGUCAACUCCGAGCUCCGGAAGAAGAGGAAGGAAUCCAGGGAGGCGGGGCUCAAGGUUGGGGUUGUGCUUGAGGCGUUCGUGUGAUCGCCGGCACCGACCGGAGCAACACUGGCCGGUGUAGAGAGUCGGGGGUGGGACGGUGGUGGCGGUGGAAGAGGAGGGGUUGUGGGCACAGAGCCGACAUUGCCGUAGCACCCCCUCGGCAGCAGCGGCAGUCGUAGACGUUGCGAGGAUUUCUUGCUCGUGCGGCGUGAGAUAGGCCGGGAACCCAGCCAGACCGAUUCUCAGCGGCAGUACUUGACGGAGGGAUAUGGUCGUGGUUUGUGUCGCUCACGUGAGGGUAAAUGCCUUGUCGGGUGGGGAGCUCAAGGAGAUAUUGUACGGCUGCUGUUGCUGCAACCUAGCAAGCGAUGCGGGGAUGAUGUUGGGCACGAAAACUAUCGUAACGUAACACGAAAAGAGUACUAAACAAAGCGGUGCGUCAUGAUGAGGUGUUCGAGAAGAGGGUAAAUUUAAUAUGGAUAUCUCAUGCGGCGACCGUGGCCCACGUGUUUGUGAGAACGACUGCCUGCGAGAGACGAUGUGCGCUAAUCACGCUGUGUGAACACAGGGGGGAUAUUCGAUAUGGGAAUUUGGCGAACAGAAUCAUGGUGUCGCGCCCGUUUGGGUGGUCAUCUUCAGAGCCACGAGUAUGCGGCUAUCUGUCUGUCCCAAGCGUUUUAGAAUGGGCUUUUGUGUUUCCCUGUCGUAGAGACGCGUCUUUGACUUUGAUACAUAUGUUUCGUGUAUGUCUUUGAGGGAUUCGGUUCUCGUUGGUGCAACGCCCUCUGUUUUUAACCCUCUGUUGCCGUCACGAUGCCACGUGGGGUGGAAGGCACCCCCUGGGACGUUAUUGUCGUGUGGGUUUGUAUCUCCACGCGGUAGGCACUAGACUAUGGGUAGUAGACAUCUCGUCCGGAGCAUCAUGAAGACACGGUACUCGGCGUUGGAGGGCCCUUCAUCAAGCAAAGACAUUGGUCCAUCCAUUGUGUGGUAAGCGUGUGUUGCGUACGUAUGCGGCGCGUGUCGUGAGUCGUGGAACAUACGCAUAGGGCAGGCACGAGAAGGGGACCCUUAGUUGCUCAGGGGACUUUGCUCUUUUGUAUGGGGAAGGACUAACCAAGUAGUCGCCGCCGUCAGUUGCAAUGAAACGGUACGGGUUGAAUUGUAUUGUGUAUGAAAUGUUUCGUGUCGAGUUUCAUUGUAGCGGGGAGAUCGCGAAAUGUAGUGCAGGCGUACUUUGUUUUCUCGUGUUGUCGUUGUUACGUAACAUGACAAAAUAACGAUAUAAUCGCAAACCGAAUCGAACCUAAUCGAAUACGUGAUGGUGUGCAUGUGGCAUACUUGGUCAUGCUGGCGAGGUGGAACAAUCUAUGGGUGCAUACAUGAAGCUUUUGGCAUUUCGUGUUAACAACGAGGGACAGCGGGAACACACAAAGAGUACACAACAAAGUGCUGUUUUCAUAGAGUGCCCAAUCCUUUUCAAGUUUUGCCAUGAACAGCCUCUGGCUUGCGCGCCCUGCUGCGUGCAUACACACAACGGUGACUCAAAGAUGGGUGUUCCACGUGGUGGCUUGUUGGAGGCCGCGUUGGUAGGCCUGUCUUGUCAUUCUUCCGAACGAGCUUAACCUCGACACAAGGUUGGUCGUGCUUGUAGCACCACCCGCCCGGUGACAUGGCCUGACUGGCGGCGAUGCGAGCGAGCACCGUGCAGAGUAGAAUCACGUCGUGAUGUUGGAAGUGUCGCCAGCUGAGUAUGCUAGCCGCACGGUUGUGCCGGUCGCAUUGCCAGCAGUGGUUUUGAUUCAUUCACCAAAAUACACAAAGCACGCGAAAGGACGAGACCGCCACUUGCUUCGAGCGUAACCCAGCCUGCUCGAAAAACACAAAAACACCGGUUCCGGUUUUUCUUGUACCGCAAAGAAACAGGGACAGCGGGAACACACAAAGAGUGAGAUUGUCGUAGUCCAUCGCAGACGACGACGCGACCCCAAGGUCUAACCGCGCUUGGCGUAACGCAGCAAGGCCGCACGUGCGGUGAGUACGUCAUAGUCGGACAGGUUUUCGCCGACCCUGCCGUUGUUGUAGUAGCCAGUCCACGUCCCGCCUGGCCUACGCGUGUAGGCGACAGCAUUCCCAGAAGUAGCAGAUCGUCCGUGGAUGACACCGACCAGAUCGUACCAUAACACGACCGGA